AUGGCCCCCAAAAAGAAGUCAGCGAAGAAGGACGCCAAGAAGGAUGCAGUGCAAACAGGCGACAUCGAGGGAGCCUCCGUGGAGGAGCUCAACCAGAAAAUUGGGACGCUGGAAAAAGAAAAGAACAAGGAGGAGGAAUACCGAAACUAUAUGCAAUUGGAGAGAGACAAGAUAAAUGCGUUUUGGGAGAUUACGAAGAAGGACUUGGAGGACCGGCGGGCUGAGCUGCGGAACAAGGACCGGGAGAUGGAGGAGAUGGAGGAGCGGCACCAAGUGGAAAUCAAGGUCUACAAGCAAAAAGUAAAGCACUUGCUGUACGAGCACCAGAACAACAUCACGACACUCAAAGCGGAUGGCGAGCUGGCGCUCAAGUUGCAGCAGGACGAGUUCAGGAAGCGCGAGGGGGACCUGGGUAAAGACAAGCGGAAUCUAAAGCUGGAGCUAAAGGAGCAGGAGCUGGCCCACCAGGACAUCAUUCGGCAGCUCAAGUUGGAACAUGCCAAGGAGAUUACCAAGCUGCGACAGGAGUUUGAGCUGCAGGCACGGGAGUUGCAGCAAAAGUACGAGAAGAAAAUGAAGAUGCUACGUGAUGACUUGGAGCUACGGAGGAAGCAGGAGAUCCACGAGAUCGAGGAGCGCAAGAACACGCACAUCAAUGAGCUCAUGAAGAAACACGAGCGCGCGUUUGCGGAGAUUAAGAACUACUACAACGACAUCACGCACAACAACCUGGACCUCAUAAAGACGCUCAAGGAAGACGUGGCGGAGAUGAAGAAACGGGAGGCGCAGAACGAGAAGCUCAUGUACGAGAUCGCGCAGGACAACAAGCGGCUGUCCGAGCCACUAACCAAGGCGCUCAAGGAGGUGGAGAUGCUCCGACAGCAGCUGGCCAACUACGACAAGGACAAGCUAUCACUCUCCCAGACCAAGGCCAGGCUGCUCAAUGCGGAGCGGCAGAUCAAGAACCUUGAGUGGGAGAACGAGGUUCUGUCCCAGCGAUUUUCCAAGGUGCAAGGCGAGCGUGACGAGCUGUACUCCAAGUUCGAGGCGUCCAUCUACGACGUGCAGCAGAAGACCGGGCUCAAGUCAGCGCUGCUGGAGAAGAAGAUCGAGGCCCUGGGCGAGGCGCUGGAGAUGAAGGAGGCCCAGCUGGCCGAGGUGCUGACUGCGGCCAACCUGGAUCCCGGUACCCUCGCCGCCAUCAACCAGCGGCUGGAGGAGGUGCUGGACAACAAGAACCAGAUCAUCAAGGCGCUGCAGUACGACGUGGCCAAGGUGUCCAAGGCCCACAACGACCUCAUCCGCGUGUACGAGGCAAAACUAACGGAAUUCGGUAUUCCUGUGGACGAGCUGGGCUUCCGACCGUUGGUCACGAACACGAGCACAGGGCCGGCGGGGUUGGUCGUGGGGGCGUAA